GAAUCAUGACUCUGAAUCCUAACCAACCAACCAACGGCGUCGUUUCCUUUUUCUCUCUUUUUCGAAAAACAAUGAGCUCCGCUUGUUCUUCGUCCUGUUAAUGCUCUUCUUCUUCUUCUUCUUGUUUUUUCAAACACCAGCAUUACUUAUUCCCCACACACACACAAAAACCGAUUUGAUAUUCUUACAAACUCGAAGCCACACACACAGAGAGAGAGAGAGAGAGAGAGAGAGAACAGAAAAAACAAAAAGCUUUUUUUUUUUUAUUUUGUUUUUAGAAGAAGGAAUGGGGUUGAUAUUGGAAGAGGAAGAAAACGACGAAGUUUUGAUGCCUCCGACGAAUUUCUCGAUGGUCGAAGAAGGCAUUUUCAGAUCGGGUUUCCCUCAACCCGCCAAUUUUUCCUUCCUUCAAACCCUUAAUCUGCGAUCCAUCAUAUAUUUGUGUUUCGAGCCCUAUCCGGAGGAGAAUUUGGAGUUUCUUCGUUCUAAUAAUAUCAAGCUCUUUCAAUUUGGAAUCGAGGGGAAGACCGAGUCUCCUAUAUCUAUCCCCGAGGAGACUAUCAUGGACGCUUUGAGAGUCUUAAUUGAUGUGAGAAAUCAUCCAGUCUUGAUCCAUUGCAAGCGUGGAAAGCAUCGCACUGGUUGUCUUGUUGGUUGCCUGAGAAAAUUGCAGAAUUGGUGUCUGGCUUCUGCGUUUGAGGAGUACCAGCGAUUUGCCGGCUUGAAAUCGAGGGUAACAGAUUUGAGAUUUAUAGAGAAAUUUGACGUGGCAUGCUUGAGGCAGUGCCUUUACAGCAUUAUUUACCAGUAUCAAGGUUAUGGUUCCAAAAAGAGGAGGCUGCUGUACAGCGAAGAAAACUUGCAGAAGCCCCAAAUAACAUCAGUUUAGCUAAGAUUGGAUGAUUCUUUUUUCUGUUUACACCUCUUGAAGUUUGCGUAUAGUUCAUGGCAAUUGCCUUCGUUGCUUCCAUCUUUUCGUUCAUUACCUUGUACACGGGUUCUGUUAAAACAACCACCGUACUCUUUUUCUUCCCACCAAAAAGGCAUUCUUUUUCAGCCAAAUUCUGAUUGCAUACAUACAAACGAGCAAAUUGGUACUGGCCAAUUUCCUCUAGAGUUGUAAUGAUGAUUAUACUCUUCUUUUUAAGGUUUUUCCAUUAGUAAAGAAUAGUGUUGUCUUGAAAUGGUUGGAUAAUCUCCACUUUGUUAAUCAAUAGUAAGAGAACAUGUCUAUUAGGCAUGGAAGUUUGCAGUUAACAGAGACAAAGGUAUGUGAUUGCUUAUAUAAUAUGGUAAUCCAUUUUCAGUCCCAAGCUCAGUUCAUACUUUGGCUUCAACAUUGUAAAAUUGUUUGUUACCAUUAUUAACCAUUAUGUAUAUAAUUCCUUUGUUUCUACAA